GAGAGGCUGUCCAUCCCCAUCAUGCUCCUUGUUAGCGUAAAUGUCCCAGGUAUACCGCUUUAAAAUCACCAUCCCUUAGCGCUGGUUUCUGUCGACAUCCCCAAGGCAGACCAUGGCUCGAGUCUAUGCAGGCGUAAAUGAUCAGUUAGGAAGUUCUUGGUAUGACUACAACAGUUUUCGCAUUGAAUGGAGCCCUCCAGAGCGCUAUGAAAUUGUUCGUCGCAUUGGAGGAGGAAAAUACUCCGAGGUUUUCCAGGGAGUUGAUAUGGUGAAUUUGGAGACGUGUGUUAUCAAAGUUUUGAAGCCAGUCGCUGCUAAAAAGAUUAAACGGGAGGUCAAGAUUCUUCGCAAUCUGACUGGCGGCCCCAAUGUCGUCGCUCUCCUCGACGUCGUUCGUGAUGCUUCCUCCAAGUUCCACAGUCUAAUCAUGGAACAUGUGAACAACACCGAGUGGAAACUUUUGUAUCCCAUCCUUACCGACACAGAUAUCAAAUACUAUACUUUCCAGCUGCUUAAGGCACUUGAUUUUGUUCAUUCACGGGGAAUCAUGCAUCGAGACGUAAAACCCGGAAACGUCAUGAUUGACCAUCAACAUAGAAAACUCAGGUUGAUCGAUUGGGGGCUGGCCGAGUUUUAUCACUCUGGAACAGCAUACCAUAUUCGCGUGGGCUCGCGGUAUUACAAAGCACCCGAAUUGCUGGUGGGAUACAAACAAUACGAUUAUAGUCUUGAUUUGUGGAGCGUUGGGUGCAUGUUUGCAUCGAUGAUUUUUCGCAAGGAACAUUUCUUUCGCGGUUCCGACAACGAUGACCAACUGCUGAAGAUUAUGAAGGUCCUAGGCACGGACUGUUUUGACGCUUAUCUGCGCACCUACAACAUAGAUUUCGAGUCAGAGAUAGAAAGUCUUCUCCAAGUUUAUCCAAAACAACCAUGGUCACGUUUCACGACGACGGAAAACCAACAAUUUAUUUCGACGGAGGCGUUAGAUUUACUUGAUAAAUUACUUCGUUAUGACCAUCAGAAGAGGCCAACGGCGCGGGAAGCCCAAGGCCAUACUUAUUUCAAUCUCGUUAGACUUGAGGCAACUUCGACCAAAGGGGAUUCGGGGGGGUAUAUGAGUGAUUCUGGGUUCUGUUCGAUGUAAUAUUAGGGUGAGGAGUUGGUGCGGAGUGCUAUUCGGCAGAUAGAAUCAGUGUUUUGCUAGGUUCAUUGUAGAUAUUUCUUGGGUGCCUUGGUGCUUUCUUUAUCUUUACUACAGGACUUCUUGUUGUACAAAGUUUCAGCGAACUUGUAUUUGUUUUUGGCCAAA